AGGGCUGGUUUUCCUACAGUUUCGAGGGGAGACUAAACGCGCGCUGCUCCCCAACGAGAUCACGACCCUGGACACUGUGAAGGCCCUGUUCGUCCGCUCCUUCCCUAACCAGCUGACCAUGCAAUACCUCGACCUGCCCUCCGUCAAGCUAUAUAUUCACGACUCCUCCAAAGACAUGUUCUACGACCUCGAGGACCUGGGCAGAGGCUUUGAGAGGGACAUCAGGGAUCGGUCAGUCCUUCGGGUGUUCGAGGGGGAAGGCGUCAACGGGCAGGGCGGCGCAUGGGACAGCGGAGGUGACCAGUCUUACUUCAGCGAGCCGGAGUAUGAUUCCGACUUCCAGCAGCAACACGUUCACAACAAGACCAAG